AUGAAAAUCAGUUUGAUAACAGUGCUUUUUGCAGCUGUGUCCGGCUUAUCUCUCACCGAGCGGAAUGAAAUGUCAAGGAGGUUCAAAUACUAUUACAAUUCCGUUCGGCCAACAGCAUUGGAGAAUUUCAUGUCCAGCGUUAAUGGUACCUUUUUCAAAAUAGGUGUUGAGUUUCACCUUGUUGGCACACAAAUUAAAACGGUAAGUCAAGUCCCUCAAUGAU